ACAACGUUGAAUACCUUUUAUUAUCACACGCACGUGGUGAAACUUGUAGAAAUUGAAGUCCGCGUGUAGUCGUAUUACAAAGAUUGUUCACAUUUUUAAAUCAAUUAAAUUUUAAAUAAAAAAUAAAUAUGGGUAAACCAGGAUUCUCACCCAGAGGUGGUGGCGAAGGAGGAGGCCGUGGCGGCGGUGGAUUUGGUGGCCGUGGAGGCGGUGGUGGCUUUGGAGGCGGCGGUGGUGGCGGCUUCGGUGGUCGUGGAGGUGGUGGCCGUGGCGGCGGUGAUCGCGGAGGUCGUGGCCGUGGAGGCGGUGGUGGAUUUGGUGGCCGUGGAGGCGGCGGUGGCUUUGGAGGUCGUGGUGGUGGCGGAAGCCGCGGUGGAUUUGGAGGUAGAGGAGGCGGUGGUGAUCGCGGAGGUCGUGGCCGUGGAGGUGGUCGCGGUGGUGGUGGCCGUGGAGGCGGUGCUGGAGGUUUCAAAGGUGGUAAAACAGUUGUUAUUGAACCCCAUCGUCAUGAAGGUGUUUUCAUUGCUCGUGGCAAAGAAGAUGCUUUGGUUACACGCAAUUUCGUACCUGGCUCCGAAGUAUAUGGAGAGAAACGUAUUUCAGUCGAAACAAAUGGUGAGAAAGUUGAAUACAGAGUAUGGAAUCCUUUCCGUUCAAAGUUAGCUGCCGCCAUUUUGGGUGGUGUUGACAAAGUACAUAUGCCUCCAGGCUCCAAAGUAUUGUAUUUGGGUGCUGCUUCUGGUACAACAGUCUCCCACGUUUCUGACAUUGUGGGCCCUGAAGGUUUAGUUUAUGCCGUAGAAUUCUCACAUCGUUCUGGUCGUGAUUUAAUAAAUGUAGCAAAGAAACGUACAAACAUCAUACCCAUCAUCGAAGAUGCCCGUCAUCCCCACAAAUAUCGCAUGCUCGUCGGUAUGGUCGAUACAAUUUUCGCUGAUGUUGCCCAACCCGAUCAAGGACGUAUUGUUGCUUUGAAUGCACAACAUUUCCUUAAGAAUGGCGGCCAUUUUGUUAUAUCCAUCAAAGCCUCCUGCAUUGAUUCAACAGCCCAGCCCGAAGCUGUAUUCGCUGCUGAAGUCAAAAAGAUGCAAGCUGACAAAUUGAAACCUCAGGAACAGAUUACACUUGAACCUUAUGAACGUGAUCACGCUGUAGUCGUUGGUGUUUACAGACCGCCUGCUAAGAGCUCAUAAGCAUUUAACCCACCUUUAGGUUGCUUUUGAUAACUAUUUUUUAAAUAAUACAAAACUAGCUUUAAGUAUUCCUUUUACUUUUUAUUAAUAUACGUUUUUUUCCCCCCUAAUUUUGCAAAGUUUUUAUAUUAAGUUAAUAUAAAGAAACUAUACACAAUAAAAUGAACUUGUAGAACCAAGUUAACAAAAAAAACAAAAA